AUGGUCAACGUCCUAGUUAUUGACGAUGGCGUCACGGUUGGAUCGACUAAAUCAAUGUCGACAUCGUCGUCGUCGUCGUCGUCGAAUACGACAACUACCAAUAUGACUGCAAAUAUACCAACAAUAUUAACAAAUUGUGAUGAUGACAAUAUAACAAUAAAACAACAACGACAAAAACCAUCAACCGCAACUAUUAGAUCGAUCCAACCAGUGAUAUCGUCAACAACAUCUUCUUUGACAACGACGGUAAAAACAACGUCAACGAUCAAUAAUAGUCAACAACGUUUAAACGCUAUUGGUUUGAUAACCAAUCGUAAUAAUAACAAUAGUAAAAAUAAUCAUCAUAAUACAUCUUCAGCAUCAAACACUGUAGCGAACAUAAACAAUGCAUCCAUGGAAACAAACCAUAAAGAUGGUGGUGGUGGUGGUAUCGAUACAGAUACAAAUCAUCAACAUUAUCGUCAUUCAUCCGCAUCAUCAGUGGCUGGCGGCGGUAGUGCUGGUAUUGCAUUUCGGCCUACCAAUUAUAUAUUAUUAAAUAAACUUCGUGUACAAUCAUCAUCAUCUCGUAUACGUCGAUCAUCAUCUUCUUCAUCAUCAUCAUCGCCAGCAACAAAUAUUGAUCCAUUGAACGCUAUCGUUACACAACAACAACAACAACACUGUAAUUGA